AUGAGCGCAAGCCAGGCCUGGAAGGAGGUCUCUACCAACCUCGCAAAGAGACCGCUCAUCGGAGUAGAGAAGUUGCUCAACUAUGCAGAAUACUAUCAGAAUGGCAAUUUCCAAUUGUCGAUUGCCAUGAUCUUCGAGACCAAUCUGCUUCCUGAGACGCUUCGACAGCGAUUCGGUUUGGCUCUUUGGAUCGUUCGAGGAUUCCUGCCCGAGCUUAGUACCUGGACGGUUGGAAGUAAGCAAGAUUCGUCUCUCGACCUCGAUCACGCUACAUUCGCGGCGAUUCAGACUGUAGAGGAGGCGCAGAAGUGGAUCGACGAAACAGCUCUUCUUGUCGAGGAUGGCACCACUGUAGAGCAAGUCAUCGAUCGCACUUCCAACCAGCGCAUCGAGCCUAUUGGCAAGCAAUUCCGUGCUUACCUCGUCUCCAACCCACGUGAGGGCAACCCUGCAGUGAUCAUCAAUGCUUCUCACGUCCUCAACGGGCACCGUAUGCUCUUCCAGGGCUGCGCCAUUGUUCAAGCACUUGUUGACGGCAGACUUGCAGCUCUCAGCGAGGCCAACCCAGACCCUCGAUCUGCUCUUGAAUCCAUCUUUGCACCUGAAGACCUCUCUGGUCUGCUUGGCAAGCUUCCCAUCAGUCUCAACACAGCUUAUGAGGACAAGUUCAAGCUCGGAGAGGCAGAGAUCGAAGCUGGUCUCGAAAAGCUUGGCGAGCGUCUCAGCAAUGGAGCUCAGUCUACCAUCGGUAUUCCUCGGUUCGAGCAACCACUGUCCAAGCCGCUAUACUCGCUCGGCAUGCUCAACGGCGAGCCCAUGACGAUGCUCAACUUGAGGAGGCAGAUUGGUGCAUCUGAGCACCGCAUGCUUCACCAGGCAUACAAGAAGCGAGGCUCGACCCUGCCUUCGUUCGUCUACGCCUGCAUCGUCAACAGCAUCGACCGACGCUUUAAGGCCAACACUGCUGAAGAAGGCGAGAUCCCAGGUGCACACCUUGUCUACUCGGCGCACGCUAGCCGAUGGUUCCCUCAAGAGACGUUCAUGAGACGAUCGCCAGUCAACAUGGGUGUCGUCAUGGCCUCUGGCUACAUCGUUCCUGAAGCGCUUCGAUCCAAGCAGCGAGGACGUAAGCUCAACGAAGAAGAGAUCUUCCAGCUGGCCAAGGCCAUUCGCGCCAAGCAGGAAGCUUACCUCAACACGCCUCACAUUAUCUCGGCCAUGGCACAGGUGGGAGACGAGGUCUCGAACCUGAUCGCAGAGACUGCCAUCAAGCAGCGUGAGGCUCGUACUGAUCCUUAUGUUGCCCUCUGCGAGAACUCGCCAGCCAUCUGCCCUCCCACCUUGACAUCACAGGGUGACAUUCCCAUUAAGAGACUCUACACUGCGGAUGGAGCAUCUUUCGAACCCAAGCCCAAGCAGCGCGAAGGAGAAUACAUCUACUUUAUGCGAGGUAUCUUGGGAGGAAGAACUACGGACGCAUCGGUCUGCUUUGCCAUGUGGACCUUCUCCGGCAUCUUGACGCUACAAGCGCACUUUGACUCGCGAUUCUUCGAUGCCAAACUCAUCGACACGAUUCUCGACGAUGUCGUCUCUCAGCUCCGAUACUCGGCGACCAGUGCUGUUGAGCAACGGGCUGAGGCUAAGCUGUAG